AUGACGCUGAUCUGCGGGCCACGGGGCGGCCGCGCCGGCGCCUGCGGCGGCAGCAGCAGCUCGGGUCUCGCGGACGGCACCAGCGGCCGUCACGGCGCCGCGGCCCGCGUGCUCCUCCCGUCGCUGGGUGCCCGGAGCGGCCGCCGCCCGCGCCUCCGGCGGUGCAUCGUGUCCCCCUACGACCGGCGCUACCGCCUCUGGUGCCACUCCCUCGUGGCCCUGGUGCUCUACUCCGCGUGGGUGUCCCCCUUCGAGUUCGGGUUCGUCCCGGAACCCCGCGGCGCGCUCGCCGCCGCCGACAACGCCGUGAACGCGGCCUUCGCCGCCGACAUCGCGCUCACCUUCUUCGUCGCGUACGUGGACCGCCGCACGUUCCUGCUCCAGGACGACCCCGCCAUGAUCGCGUGGCGGUACGCGUCCACGUGGCUCGCCCUCGACGUCGCCUCCACCGUCCCCACCGAGCUCUCGCGCCGGAUCCUCCCGCCGCGGGCGCGCACCUACAACUUCUUCGGCAUGCUCCGCCUCUGGCGCCUCCACCGCGUCGGCACCCUCUUCACCCAAUUGGAGAAGGACAGGAGGUUCAGCUAUUUCUGGGUGCGAUGCACGAGGCUCAUCUGCGUGACGCUGUUCGCGGUGCACUGCGCGGGGUGCUUCUACUACCUACUGGCGGACCGGUACCCGGACCCGGGGCACACGUGGCUGAGCUCGUCCAUGCCGGACUUCCACGAGGCGAGCAUCUGGCGGCGGUACGCGGCGGCCAUGUACUGGUCCAUCACCACGCUCACCACCGUCGGGUACGGCGACAUGCACGCCGUCAACACCGGCGAGAUGGUCUUCACCACCCUCUACAUGCUCUUCAACCUCGGCCUCACCGCCUACCUCAUCGGCAACAUGACCAACCUCGUCGUCCACGGCACCAGCCGCACCCGGAAAUACAGGGACGCGAUCAAGGCGGCGACGAGCUUCGCGGUGCGGCACGAGCUGCCGGCGAGGCUGCAGGAGCAGAUGGUGUCGCACCUGAGCCUCAAGUUCAGGACGGACUCGGAGGGGCUGCAGCAGCAGGAGACGCUGGACGCGCUGCCAAAGGCCAUCCGAUCGGGCAUCUCGCACCACCUCUUCUUCGCGCUCGUCCAGAGCGUCUACCUCUUCCAGGGCGUCUCCAACGACCUCAUCUUCCAGCUGGUCUCUGAGAUGAACGCCGAGUACUUUGCACCAAGGGAGGACUUCAUCCUGCAGAACCAGGCGCCGUCGGAUUUCUACAUUCUUGUCACUGGUAGUGUGGAGCUGGUAGAGCUCCAGAACGGUGCAGAGCAGCUGGCUGGGAUGGCCAGGCCUGGCGAUGUCGUCGGUGAGAUCGGGGUCCUGUGUUACAGGCCCCAGCUCUUCACAGCAAGAACAAGGUCCCUCAGCCAGCUCCUGCGCAUGGAACGGGCCGCCUUCCUCAGGAUCGUUCAGGCCAAUGUCGGGGAUGGCACCAUAAUCAUCAACAACCUUAUUCAGUACCUCAAGGAUAAGAGGGAUACCGGCGCCAUCGCCGGCAUCGCGGAGGAGAUCGAGUACAUGCUGUCCCGGGGUCAGCUGGAGCUCCCUGUCACGCUCUGCUACGCUGCAUCCAAAGGAGAUGACUUCCUGAUGCGUCAGCUCCUCAAGCGCGGCGUUGACCCGAAUGAGUCUGAUAACUAUUGGCACACAGCACUGCACGUAGCAGCUUCCGGUGGACACGAGCAAUGCGUGAGGCUUCUGCUCGAGCACGGCGCCGACCCCAACGCUAGGGACGCGCAGGGCAGGGUGCCCCUGUGGGAGGCCCUGUCCCGGCGGCACCACGCGGCCGCGCAGCUGCUGGCGGACGCCGGCGCGGACCUAUCCUCCGGCGACGCGGCGCUCUACGCCCGCGCGGCCGUCGAGGCCGGCGACGCCGCGCUGGUCGAGGACGUCGCGCGCCACGGCGUGGACGUGGCGGCGGCGGCGUGCUGGGACGACGGCGCCACCGCGCUACACCGCGCCGUCCUCCAGGGGAACGCCGGAAUGGUCAGGGCCCUCCUCGAGCGCGGCGCCGACCCCGACAGGGAGGACGGCGCCGGCCGGACGCCGAGGGAUGUCGCCGACGAGCUCGGCCACCGCGACGUGCAGGAGCUGCUGGGCGGCUCGCGGCAAGAGUCGGCGCCGGAGAGCCCGAGGCAGCAGCAGGGCCCGGCGGCGGAUCACAGCGUCCGGCUCGCGGCGGCGGCGCUGCCGGCCGUCGCGAGGUUCAAGAGCGCGCCGGCGGCGAGGAUCCUCCCGCCGGCGCCGCGCGACAGUGCCGGCUCGUCGCCGCUGUCGUCGAGGACGAGCACUCCCCGGCGGAUGGUCAGCUUCCGGAACUCCCUCUUCGGCGUCCUCUCCUCGUCGCACGUGAGCCGGCACGACGGCGGCGGCGGCGGCGGCGGCGUUCACAGCUGCCGCGAGAGGCACGCGCACGGCAGCGCGCGUGUUAGGGUGACCAUCUCCUGCCCCGAGAAGGGUGGCAGCGCCAGGAAGCUGGUGUUCAUGCCGGAGACGGUGGCGCAGCUCGUGGAGCUCGGCGGGAGCACGUUCAGGUUCGUGCCGACGAGGGCGGUGACGACCGACGGCGCCGAGGUUGAUGACCCGAGGCUCGUCAGGGACGGCGAUCACCUCCUCCUAGUCACCGACCAAUGGGUGCCUGACAUUGGCAUCGUGGGUAGGGAUCAAUGA